AUGGAUACAAAUUUAUCAGAAAUCGAUCUGAGUCUCCUCAAGAAACUGUCAAGCCCAGGCGUAUUUGCUGAUGAACUAGUUUCAUACUAUUUGCACACAAUUGGUUGCAAAAUCACCCAUCCUACGGUUCUGCGAUUUUUUUCACAAGUUGCACAUUUAGGAAUUCACAAGAUAUUGGUUGAAGCCAAUUCUAUCGCAGCAAGUUCAAAUGCAGAAGUAUCAGAAUUUGCCCCCAAUACUGGGAAAAGACCCGAGUCUCAGACAAGAGUUGUUAAUGAUUUGGAUUACCAACAUUUGGUGGAGGCUUUUCAGAGUUUGGACUCAUCUUUCAGAAAUUUCAACCUCUUUCUUGAGCCCCCCCUCUAA